AUGCCUUCUCCACGCCGAGUACGCCUACUAAUCCUGGCGACGAUUGGCACAUUCAUCUUUAUUCUCUUCUACACCUCGGGAUUCGACUCGCAUCACGAUGCAGAGACUUAUACAGGUCAAGAGUUUAUCAAGAAGACCCAAAAUGCCAUGAGCGCAAACGAACCCCCGGCACCCAUUGUCGACUUUGCAACUGGAGAGAAGGCUGGACAGCCUCACGCUGACAAGGAUGGAGAUGGCGAUAUCGACGCAGACGACCAGAAGUUAGCUGCUCAGAUGCAAGAGCGCCUCAAGGCGGCCGAGGCCGAGGCGAAGGGCAAGGCGAACGAGAAGGGAGGUCUGCGACCCGAUCCUCCCAAGAAGGUUGUGGGAGUUGGAAGUUCCGCGGAAGGUCAGGAUAAGGAUAAAAUCGUCAAGCCUGUUGGCGGAGACUCUGGCGAUACUCCAGCUCCUGCAGCCGCAGCCGAGAAGAAACCCGAAACAGAGACGAGGAGCAAGGAGGCAAUCGCGGCUCGCGAAGAGCUUGACUCUAUUCUCAAGAAAUCACCUGUCAUCAUCUUCUCCAAGACGUACUGUCCCUUCUCGAAGCGAGCCAAGAGCCUUCUGAUCGAAAAGUACUCCAUUACACCCGAGCCCUACGUCGUUGAGCUUGAUAUCCAUCCCCAAGGCCAAGCCCUGCAAGAUCAGCUACUCGAGACAACAGGCCGAAGGACCGUACCCAAUAUCAUGGUCAACGGCGUGAGCCUGGGAGGCGCCGACGACAUCACCGAGAUGGACCAGGCGGGCAAGCUCGUCGGCAAGAUUGUCGACCUCGGAAACAAGCGAGUCGAAGUUCUGGAACGAACCAAGUAG